AUGGUCAUUAAUUUUGAUAAAUCAUCCAUUUUAUUUAGCAAUAACUUGGAUCCUUCUUACUGUGACACUCUUAGUCACAUUCUUGGUGUAAAUAAUAUGGACAGUAAUGAGAAAUAUCCGGGAUCUCCACUUCUUAUAGGUAAAUCAAAAGUUAACUCCUUUGAAGAAAUCAACAUUGCAUUUGAAAGAAGACUUGCUAAUUGGCAAGGUGAGACAAUGUGUCAAGCUGGCAGAGGCCCUAUGAUGAAAGCUUUUCUCAAUGCUGUCCCAUUAUAUCAAUUGAGUACUUUUAAGAUCCCAAAAAAAUUGAUUAAGAAGCUGGAUACAUUGCAGAGGAAGUUCUUCUGGGGUUAUAAGUCCAAUAGAGGUAAAAAUUGUCAAGAAGCUCAAGGUUCAUCAACAAGUAACGUUGGAUACUAUAAAUCAAUCUCUAAAAGAGAUAUAUAUGGUGUUUACAAUAGAAGAGAAAACACGUUAUACAAACGUGUUGUCAGGGAGGAGGAAAAAUGA